AUGGUUUUCUCCAGUCUUGAUCCGGGUCGACAGACCUACCAUCUGUGGCGGCGCUUUUCCAUGCCCACGAUCCACGGGCCGAGAGACGCAAUUGCGGUCCCCAGCGAUGUCGCCAACCAACUCAACUCGGCAUACAGCUUUCUGGUGCAGCUGAUUAUAGUCGACUUCUGGGUAAUCCUGAUUCUUGUCGGCGUCGUGCUCUUCCUGGGCAAGGAGAAGCACAGCCAUAACAGUGGCGUGAUAGCCACAGGCAUUUGGAAUUCAAAGGACUCGCCGACCGCCAUCUGCAAAUUGACGGGCUCCUAUUUCUGGAAGAUCAAAGACAGGCGACGCGUGCAUCUGUUUUGGUGGACGUUGCUGGCAGGAGCCUUCGUGGUGGCCAUCUAUGCCAUCCCCAUCAAGGUCGCCCCGUACAUCAUCAUCGACAAUGCCGCACCCGUCGCGGCCACCGCCAUCUACGUCCCGGCCUUGAGUACCACCCUGGAUGAGAAGAAUGGAGUGCAGAUCAAUGCGCUCGAGGCGCCAUCGGCAUUUCGCGCGGCAGGGAGCGUCUUGGUCGCCAACUCCACGGGUCACACACACGUUUCCAUCGAUCCGCCCGAGACGAUCCAAGAUCUCGGUGAUGGUGAGGCCAUCAUACGUGUAGGAUACACGUACAACAUCACGGGGUUGGACUUUGGCCUGCAACAUUAUCCAGACCUUGUCCUGAGCGUCCAAGGGUCGUGCCAAACGGACUAUUCUUGGUUGUUGGCCGAAACUGUGGACGACUCCAACAUCAUCCGGGACGAAUACCUACUCUUCAAUGAUCCCAGUCAGGGUACGCAGAAUGUCUCGUUCUAUGACAGCGCCAGGCCCCUGGGGUACUUCUUUCAGGGCCUCCCUUCUCCCACAGGACCUGCAAGCAAUUGGACUUGGGGGGCACUGGUGUCCUCCGUGCAGCGCGAGAGCAUCACGGCUGGCACAGACCCAUGGUACCUGACCGUUCCUGACGGCAGCAGCGAUGUCGGCUUCAUCGUCAAGGGCGGACGACCGGCGCUGUCGUGCUGGCAGAACGACGUCUGGUCAUACCAUGGAUUCCAGAGUACAGCUGUAGCCCUCGAUUCGACUUCUCUUCCCGGGUUGGAACUCUCGGUGGGCUUGCAAAACGUCUUGGCUCGCUUUCUCUCGCUGCCGAAGAUCGUGACGUUAGCCACUCGCCUGGGGGCGUCGGCACUCGUAUCCACGGAUACUUCGCUGGGCGAAAAGUUUGAUGCCGGCGCGUCUAGCUUCCACAGCGACCUGGAACGGCUGGUCUUCGCCUCGUACAUUGCCACCAUGAACACGCUCACUGACACCACGUUGUUCUCCACGAACAACUACGGCAUUACGAACGAGGUCACCGGGUCCGACGGCAAGCCAAGCCCAGGAGUCGACGCGUUCGUUAUCUGGAGCAGCAAAGUGUCGACGCUGUCGAUCCUUGCCAUAAUCAUCAUCCCAGUCAUGACUGUUGCCAUGAAGGCGAUUGUUUGGGCUCUCACCGACCUACCGUUCUCAUGGUACCGCGUCCAAGCCUUGCAAGCAACGGUGCUGUACAGCUGUCUGCACGAGAAAGCGGCUGGGAUCAACGAAGAGCAAUGUACCCGUCAAGGCGACCGACCUUGGGUCAAGGCAGGAGACCACGAACAGGGUGUGUUCAGGCCACGGUUCGACAGGGAGAGCCGAACCCUCAGCUGGGGUGCACACGAACAAAGGGAAGUGAUUCCUGGCAUCGGGCCAGCCCCGCUAUCGCCAAGAGGCACGAUGAAUCUCGAAGUACCACAGACCAACGGUACGAGGGAGUACUUCGGACUACAACCUCAGACUGAGUCUGCGAAUGAGAAGUCAGUGUCUGGCGUGCAGUCGCAGAUCUCCAGUGCCCUAACGCCAUUGUCUAUCGAACAACCACUCCUGCCUCCAGGCGGUUCCCGUUAG